UCCUUCUCGUCCUCUGUCUGAAGGCGGAUCGUCCGUCUCGGAAGCGCCGUGACUCCUUCGGGAUGUUCGACGGCCUGGACGACGAGAGGAGCAGCAGCUGCAGCGAGGAGUCGAGCGGCGGCAGCGCCUCCAGCCCUGAGGAGAGCGAGGAGGAGGACGGCCCGGGGUUAGGAGCAGGAGGGGGAGGGGGUAUAGGCGGAGGAGGAGGAGGAGGAGGAGGAGGAGGAGGAGGUGGAGGCAUCCUCCCUCUGACCUCCCCAGGCUCCUCCUCUCUGACCCUCAUCAAGACCAAUGGGCAGCUGUACACCUACCCGGAUGGGAAGGCCGGCAUGGCUACAUGUGAGAUGUGUGGCAUGGUGGGUGUUCGAGAUGCGUUUUACAGUAAAACCAAGAGGUUCUGCAGUGUCUCCUGCUCCAGAAGUUACUCUUCCAACUCUAAGAAGGCCAGCAUCCUAGCCAGACUACAGGGAAAGCCACCCACGAAGAAGGCCAAGGUUCUCCAGAAACAGCCGCUGAUGGCCAAGCUAGCGGUCUAUGCCCAGUACCAAGCCAACCAACAGAACAGUGUAAAAAAGGCUGUUGUGUCUGUGGAGUCAUUCGACUGGGGCCGUUACCUAGGAGACGGCGAUGUGGCUGGAGCUCCUGUCAGCUGCUUUAAACAUGUUCCCAUGGGAACGUCUUGGGGGGACAUCAGUGAGGGUGUCAGGGUGGAGGUGCCUAAUACGGACAGUGGACUGCCCAUGAGGGUCUACUGGAUCGCUGGCAUCAUCAAACUGUCGGGGUUCAAGGCCUUGCUGCGGUACGAGGGCUUCGACAGCGACUCCGCCCGUGACUUCUGGUGUAACCUGUGCGUGCCCGACAUCCACCCAGUGGGGUGGUGUGCUGCCGGGGGCAAACCUCUCGUACCCCCAAAAUCUAUCCUUCACAGAUGCACCAACUGGAAGAGUUUCCUUGUCAAGAGACUCACAGGCUCCAAGACACUUCCCCCUGACUUCACUACUAAGGUACAGGAGAGUCUGCAGUUUCCCUUCAAGAAGCUGAUGAGGGUGGAGGUGGUGGACAAGGGCCACCUGUGCAGGACACGGGUAGCCCUGGUGGAACAGGUGAUUGGGGGGCGCCUGCGGCUGGUGUACGAGGAGUGUGCGGACGGUACGGACGACUUCUGGUGUCACAUGUACAGCCCGCUGAUCCACAGCAUUGGCUGGUCCCGCUCCAUUGGCCACCGCUUCAAGCGCUCCGAUGUUGCAAAGAAGCUGGAGGGCCAGUUGGACGCCCCUGGACAGCUGUUCACCAAGGUGAACGAGGUGGACCAGAGUGGAGAGUGGUUCAAAGAUGGCAUGAAGCUGGAGGCCAUCGACCCCCUGAACUUGUCUGCCAUCUGCGUGGCCACGGUCAGGAAGGUUCUGGCUGAUGGCUACCUGAUGAUCGGGAUCGACGGCUCGGAGGCAGCGGACGGGUCCGAUUGGUUCUGCUACCACUGCACCUCUCCCUCCAUCUUCCCCGCCGGCUUCUGUGAGAUCAACAGCAUCCAACUCACCCCUCCCAGAGGUUAUAGCAACCUUCCCCUCAGAUGGUUUGAGUACCUAAAGGAGUCCAGCUCGGUUGCUGCCCCCGUCAACCUUUUCAACAAGGAGGUGCCCAACCACGGCUUCCGCCCCGGCAUGAAGCUGGAGGCGGUGGACCUCAUGGAGCCCCGGCUCAUCUGCGUCGCCACGGUGACCCGCAUCGUCCACCGGCUGCUGCGGAUCCACUUUGACGGCUGGGAGGACGAGUACGACCAGUGGGUGGACUGCCAGUCCCCGGACCUCUACCCCGUGGGAUGGUGUCAGCUCACGGGCUACCAGCUCCAGCCCCCAGCCGUCAAUACGGCCACUAAGGACCUGCCUUCAGGGGUGUCCAAACAGAGGAAGAAAUCUCAACAGUACAAGGGCCAGAAGAAAAAGAGGAAGCUUCCAAUAGGAAAGCGGCCUAUCAGUCUCUCUGGCAUCAUGGUAACCGGCAUGCCAGAUGAAAACAUGACCCCGCCAGAUUACCCAUCACCCCCGACUCCCGCCUUAGCCGCCCCGCCCACACCAAGGGAGCCUGAGAACAGCGCUAAGGCCGAGGCGGAUACAGAGAUAAAGCAGGAGUGCCUGGAGCCGGCGUCACUGUCCGAAGCGCUCGCUGCUGAUUAAGACAAACCCCAGCGGUCCUCACAAACUGUUUCGACAUCAAACUCGAGCCGCAGCACACAGCUGUCUGUUCGUCCUCCUCCUCAGAUUACUCCCUACCUUUCCCUCUUUGAUUCUCGUCCCUUCCGUCCUCCCUCCUCUCCUCCCUCCUCUCACCCGCCCACCAACUAUCAGCCUGAAUUGAGAUUUCAAGAUUGACUGUGAUUUUGUUUUGGGAUUUAUUUUCUUUCUUCUCUGCUUCUAGUUUUGAUGACGCCAACUAAGAGGAGUUACACACUUAUAGCGUGAGAGUCUAUCCAUCGGAAGCAGGGCAGUUUUUCUUUCAACGAUUGUCCUUCAAUUACAUUUUUUCCAAUUCCCAAUGGAUUUCCAAUGGUUGAGGAUAAGCUUGUGUGGGGGGGGGGGCUUAAUAGACCACUGCCUCCCUCUAUUUCUCACUAGUCUUCUAAAAAAGACCUCAAUUUAUGGGUCUGGUCUCGAUCCACCCUUGACCCGACAUCUCCGAACCUGAAGGGAGAAGAUCCCAGAACCCGCAACCCCCCCUUCCCUGCCUCCACCUUCUGCUGGUAAGUCUGAACGUUUUCAUGGACUCUUUGAAAUAGAGGAAAGCGGUCAUGACUGUUAUGGGAACGGACAGCAUUUGAGGGAAAUCCCGCCCUUAUGAACACUCAAAGAGCACUACAAUCCAUGCUUCUGAUUCAGCACACACACACACACACACACACACACACACACACACACACACACACACACACACACACACACACACACGGAUAUACGGGGUGACAAUGCCAGCGAAACGUGACUCACUAGCACCUUGCACAUCGCAAGCAGCUCAGUGGGCUUGAGGUGGGCUCUUGCUCAAGAGUACCUCAGUUCAACUUUUGCCAGUAGAAGCCAAGGGGAUUGAACCAGCAACCCUGCAGAAGCCAGAUGCCCUGCUCUACCUCCCUUGCUACUGCUCAAGAUGAUCCUUUAAAAAAACAAAACAAAGAAGCUCUUGGUGAGGUUUGCCGCAAACACCAUUUCUAUGUCUGCCAGCAUUCUGCCUAUAUUGACUUUGCUUCUUCGAUUGUCACUAGCUUCCUGAAAUGAAAUGAAAAUGUCUUGAUAAAAAUCUGUCUGGCCCAUUUAGAUAAGUGACCCUUUGUGGGAUUGUAGGUCACUUUUCCAAAGUAUAAUACUGAGGGAAACCAGCAAGUGAGUGAAGAUGAAAGCAAGUCAACAAUGAAACAAAAAAAACGUAAUAAUAUUAAUAAUACAAAUAUUAAUAAUAGUAAAAAUAGGUCAAAAGGUGCAUUGGGGAGCUAUGGCGGUCUUUGAUUGCAGAGGAAAAACAUAGGGAUGGACGUAGUGUUAAAUUGCAACCAUUUCUUUGUCAUAUUUUUUGAUGACAUUUGGUUUGUCGUGGUGUGGCUAUGUUUAUAGGAGGUUGAAUGAGCUGUUCAAAAUGGCGCAGACCGCUGUCAUUAAGAUGAGCAAACAUUGCGUGGUGUGGGUGUGUGUUUGACUGUGACACCGUCAGAUAAAUGGACUAAAGUGAAUUUACAAUUCAAUUUGGACACCAGAGCAGUAUGUUGGUUUUUAUAAAUGUUACCCAAGGCGAUGCUAUUGUGCUUCCUGAACUGAAGAUGUGAAGCAGCAUAUGUGUUGUUGUGUAAAGUUAUUAAUGGUAAAAUUAUUUCUUUCUUCUAAAUAACAUAUUAUUAUUGGACUAUGAGACGCAUAGGUUACAAUAUAUAUAUAUAUAUAUAUAUAUAUACUUUUGGCUUAUUAUUUUGUUUUCAUCCUGAUUUGAUAGGAAUUUAACAACAGUCGAGUGUUGUUAAAGGUCAUACAUCUGGGUGGACACAGACUUGAUAGAUUCUGAAACGGCCUAUAGGGAUUUAUCAACCUCACAACUGGUGGUGAAAUUGGGACCCUCUGAAAUUGGGAACACUGAGUUCUCAAAAAAAAUGUAUUUUUGACCGAGUUUGAGGAAGGAGGAGGGACAGGUUAUCCCCAUGGUAACGGCUCACAGAAACUUUGUGUGAGCGUUAUAAUGAGCGAUUGUUGUAAAUAGAAUGGUAUUAUACUAUAAGUGCAGCAGAGUAGAACAUUCACAACCUGGUUGGUGGAGACUGGCUAACAUUUUUUUCGAGAUUAUCAUAUUAUUUUAGUAGUGAUGACAAAAUGGCAAAGAUUAUUUUGUUCAAGAUCAUAGAAGACAUUUUAAAACAGAGGAAUUGCAAGGUGAAAUAAUGCAUCACAAGUCGCAACCAGAUUUUGUACUGAUCAAUAACAAAUUCUAUAUUCUCCCAUCAGUACCUCACUAAAAUAACAAAUAAUAGUAAUAUAAAAUAACAAUAGCAAACUAUGAUAAUAUGAUAGUACAGUACAAAAGUACAAUACAUUUGUUUUUAUAUAUGCAAUCUAAAUAUGGAUAUAAAAAUGAAAUAUAAGCUAAACUGAAGUUUACAGAAAUGUAUUAAGUCAUUACUUGCAUAGUAUGCAAUUAGAUGGAUACAUUUUCUAAAGUCUACUUCAGCGGUUGAUUCUGUUUUCUUGGUGACAGUAUGACACUUGAUGACAGUAUGGUCAAACCAGGCUUACUUUGUUAUGUUACAAAGCAGGGGCUCUGAUUUGGUGUCCUAGCUAUUGGAAUCAGUAUCGAGGUGUUUCUCCAAUCAGCUGUCGGUUGGGGGAAUCCUACCCACUACAAGUCUCUGCCCACUACUAACAAUGUUUGCCAUUACGGAUAUUUUCCUUCUUGACCCAUUGGUAAUGGUAUGGUAAUCCAAGUUCAUAUAUGGGUCAGGCAAUUUCUGGUAAGAAGUUCUUUCUUCCAGAAAGAAUUGGUUGCUCAAUGCAAUUGAGUCAUACAAAUAGUGAGCAAAUGUUUUGACCUGUGUAACUAUAUGAGCAGGAUUCGUCAUCUUCUAUUUUUAACAACAAGACAAAGUUGAUGCCCAUAGUGUAUUGUGUGUUUUUGGCAGUUCCCAAGUCCAUAGUAGUGGUUCACUGACUCAGUGUUUAGAUGAGAGUGGGAUCUGCUGGCGGUGCAUUUCAGUCUGGACAACAUUAAUGAAAAGGAAUCCAAUACGUUGAGGUGUCAGUGCCCGUUGCUUCUUUCUUUCUGAUAGAUUUGAUCUGCGCAAAAGUAGAGCAACACAGGGGUGCUUGAUUUCAAGAUCUCCCUCAAACAAUAUAACAAUGUUGACAAGAGGAAGUCAAUUUUUUUAUGUUAUUUAGAGCAGAAAAUAUAGUAUGUAUGAUUUGAUCCUAGUUUGUUGUUGGUUUGUUGUGUGUUGUAGCACCGUCCAAAAGAAAAAAGAAAUGUCUUAUAGUUGCUAUUGUCGACACCUUUUCUUUGUGUCUAGUGUUAAUUGUGUUUCAAACUUUUUUUUUUUUUGUAUGAUUGUGUGAUUUCUCUGUUUUCACGUCAUGUCCAUUUAGUGUUUAUAUAAAGAAAAAAAAGUUUGGAUAGUGAGUUUAUGAUAAUCAUGGUGUGGCACGUACUUUUAAUAGCAUGCCAUACUAGACAGGAUAAAACAUCCUCUUUAAUCUUGGUGUGUGUGUGUGUGUGUGUGUGUGUGUGUGUGUGUGUGUGUGUGUGUGUGUGUGUGUGUGUGUGUGUGUGUGUGUGUGUGUGUGUGUGUGUGUGUGUGUGUGUGUGUGUGUGUGUGUGUGUGUGUGUGUGUGCAAGCUACAGACUGAUGUCUCCAUGCAAGCUAAAGAGAGACUGAAAUUGCUUGUGCAGCUUGUGAACAUCACUUUAUGACAAGACUGUUAUGACAGGAAAGCACUGUUAAAUUGUGGCUCAUCUCCCUUACCCUAGUCUUCCGGACUUGGCCGAAGGGGUCCACUGUAGGAUCCGUCUUUUAUUUUUGUUUGCUAGAAACUCAAGCAUAACAAUCCAGUAUUUCUUAGGACAAUAAACUCAUGGCAAUUGAUCUUGGGGUUGAAGUUACAGAGGUACACGUUGAAACAUCUGGAAAUACGAGGGGCGUAGAUUACAUUCUGAUCACAUUGUUUGAGGACAAAAGACUUGUUAAAGCGUAUAACGUGUGAGAAUUUGUGAAAUUGAAACGUAGGUUUUACAUGCAGUGGAAAUUAAAUGUCUCCACUGCCACUCCCCCCAUUAAAGAAGAGCUGCUGUUUUUAUUUGUUGGGGACAAUUUUACUCAUGAGGCUGUUGCAAUGAUGCUUUAUAUAAACAAACAUGUCUUCUUACUUAAAAAUAUGUGGACAAUUAAUGCUUAUUUCUAAGUGGGCCCUCAAGUGGCCAUCGUCCUUUGGCUCACACAAUGUUUUUGAUCAGACUGAGCUCCCGGGAUUUCUAUUCUGACAGAAAAAAAAAAGGUUUGAUAACGUUUCUGUGCGGCCAAGAUUCACUUUUGUUGACUUUGAGGCAAUACGUUUUUUUUUACACACUACGGAAGUUGAUACUUUUGACAUCCGUUGUAUUUUUCAUCCACCAUCCUCUCCGUGUGUCCCUCUGAACUACUGGUUGCAUCUUUGUCCCUUAAUGUAAAAAAGGAACAUAUUCAACCCACAAAUACUGUUAUGCCAGCGGAAAUAUUACAACCCCCAAAUAAAUGGAAAUUAUACGAGGAUGCACAAAAUAAAUGUCCCAUAGGGCAUACUCUUUCUUUAACUGAAUGGCCCUUCUCUCUGUAGGGGAGAAACAAAAUGUGUUUUGUAAUAUGCUAUAUGCUAAGCUAGCAGCCAAGCUAGCUGCUUGUCAAACUAACACUGCACACUGAUAUCAAUUGGUGUAAGUAUGUUUAAACGUGUGUACGUAUGUGUGUAUUUGCUUGUCAAAUUUUGUACGUGAAAAGUUGAAUUGUCUUUGUAACAUGGUGCUAUCUAUCUCAACAUAUACUUAUAUUUAUAUAUUUGAUAUUUUUUAAAGAAUGGAAUUAUGAGAAAAAAAUGUUGAUCUCUUAAUCUUGUAUUUUGGACACAACUGUUAAAACAAUUUAUACAAAAAAAAUAAAAAGCAGGAGACAUGGCUCAGUGGAAAAAAUAUAUUGUUUAUUAAAAUUCUACAUCUUUCAGCAAUACGUCAUUCAUUUCACUUAGACUAUAAUUAUUUAAAACGCAUCAGAAUGUACUAUUUCUAGCACAACAUGGUGGCUGUCAAACCAGCCUGCCGACUUUGCAUUGCUGUGUGUCAAUGCUUAUUAAGAGUAAUCUUGUCUUCGUCUUUCAGACGGUUUGGCCACCAGAAUUUAGACACAACCUUUUGUAGAAUUGAAGUUUGUUUAGCUGCCAAGUGCCUGCUAUUAUCAUUUUAAGUAUUGUACUUUCGGUAGUGUCAGUUUUACAACAGUACAGCCGGCUGCGUUAAAUGUAUGUUACGUUGCAAUGUCUUGUCACCAUUUAUCAUAAGAUGUUAUUAUACAACUGCAAAGCAAAGCUAAUCCAUUUACGCUUGAGAUAGAGUAUGUUUUAUAGAUCUUUUUUUUUUAGCCUGUUCAUGAAUGCACACUGAUAUAAUGAGAUCACCAUGUCGGAACGAGGAACACUUAUAACAUGAUAGCAAAAAAUAUGUGGUAUUCCCCUUUCAAUGUCAGAUUAUUGUGUGCAUGUUAUCAGUGGCUAGGAUGACAUGUGUUUCUUUUAUUUCCUGUCUGUGAGUUUAAAAACCUGCUUAAACGGCUGUGUUUCUGAAACCUGUACUGGGAAGUUCAAAGUUCAAAAACAAAUCAAAGUUAAUUUAACCAUUAUGAUUUGUACGUGUUCAGUUUCCUUUUGCAGAGUUGAAGGACGAGUGUAUAAAGAAUUAAAAUCUAUCAUUUAAAAUCCAGUCAUCUUCUUAGGAUAGCUUAUAUCUACUAAUAGUGUACACAAAUUCUGGGAAUGCCAAUUAUCCAAGUCAGAGUAUGUGAUAAUGAGCUGUAGCUCUUCAUUAUGCAUCUCCUGAAUAUUUUUUUGCUUAUCAACAACCCAUGAAGUUUAAUAAAGGCCCCUUAAAGGUGCUGUUGAUUUUAAGAACACAUUUAUAAGUGUAUUUUGUUAUAAAUGGCAAAGCCAUCCAUCAGCUAUUAGUGUAAUGCGCUGUGAGCACAUCUGUAUUAUCCUAUUUUGAUUUUAGACCACUCCCGGCUCAUUUCUGACCAAUCAGGGCAUCUCAUCCCCUCUUUAAAACUCUUAUCUUACCUAAAGCACCUUUACUAUUUCAGUAUUAACAGGUAAGAACUCAUUAGGUUGAACUGUUGCUUUGGGUCCCAGUCCAAAGGUUUUCAGAGCACUGUGCCUACACUGUAUUGGUCUAUUCAGUCCGCAAUGUCAGCGCUGUGAAAAUAAAAUGUACUUAUCUUCAAAAAACAUGAGUAUAUAUAUAUAUAUAUAUAUAUACAAUAUUUGUUGACGCCACUUUCCUGAAACAUUUUUAAUACAAUGUAACAUUUGGGGCAGCAUGAUUGUGAAUUAAGUGUUCCAUUUUGGUGUUAAAAAAAUGGAACCUUAGGAUUUUCUACAGAAUAAAAAAGGUAUAACAUUG